AUGCCAACAGCACCUGUGAUGACAGUCGCGGAGGCGCACAACCUCACCGACCUAUGCAACUGGUUCAGCGGGGAGAACCGAACUGAGCCGCGCGUAACGGAGCGUGUGGACGCUGCCGGCUGCCUCUUUCUAUCCAUCCUGCCCCAUGGACAGGCCGUUUCUGUGCUCAUAUGGAUCUUUGUGCUGCUGACUCUCUUCUCAUUUCUGGUUAACGGCUUUACCUUGCUCGGACUCGGACGGUCCGAGGACCUCUCCUGGGAGCCGCGCGUUGCUCUCUUUAAGAAUCUUAUUUUGAGCGACCUCUUGCAGACUUUCACCUUCGGUCCGGCGGUCAUCCACUCGCUGAUCCAACGCCGGACGUUUGCGUUUAGCACCUGGUGUCACAUCCAGUACUUUGUGGGAACCGUCAGCAUUUUCGCCAGCCUCCUCACCAUCACGUGCAUGGCGCUGGAGCGCUACUUGUACGUGUGCCACGCCAUCCACUACUUGGUCAUCCUCACCCAGGUGCGCCUGCGGAUAGCCUUGAGCCUAAUCUGGGUCUACUCCAUCUUUGUGGCCACUAUCAACAUGGUGUUGCUGCACAUCAUGGGGAGAGGGCAGAAUAAUGAGCCGGUCACCAGUGGACUGCUGUGCGAGCCGGACAUGAUGGAGCAGUACAUGAGUUUCCCCCGUGCCUCUGCUGUCUUUCGCAAGUGUAUGGGCUUCUUUACUUUGCUACUGUGCCUGUUUGUCUACGCGUUCUCCUACAUCAGGAUGUACCAGGACGCGCGCAAGGCGAUUAUACAGUUCUACGCGGUCAACACCACAGCGCGCAAGACUGUUCUGUUCUACUGCGGCAUGCUGCUCCUGCAGCUGCUGCCGCUGCUGCUCAAAGUCGCUUCGGACUCGCUGUGGGAGGUGGAGGGCACCGGGGCUCUCCUGGCACUGUCGACGCCGACCCCUUCGGCAACGGCAGCCGCGCUCCACAUGUCCUUGUUGGUAAUGCUUUUAGUGCCUCCGUUCAUCAACCCGCUGGUGUACGGGCUGAGGAACGCGGAGAUGAGGCAGGCGCUGCUCAGCCUGUUCCGGUGGUCCACGGAGAGGAGGGGCGCCGGUGAGCGCGGAGUGGAGGAGAUAAGAGUUGAACACAUUGUGCAUCAAAACCGAGCUCAGGUUGGGUAG